UUCCGGCGUACGAGGCGGAGACAAUGGGAGCGGCGCGGGCGGCGCCAGGAGGCCGCUGACAGGAGUCUGCGGCUUCGCUUCAUGGCCGCAGUACGGCCCCGCCUGGGCUCUGAGCAGAGCAGGGCAGUCCGCGGCGGCCGGGAGCCGGAGCUGGCGACCCCAGCAGAAACCUGUGCCCGGCGCCGCUGAGGCGCAGUAUGUGAAGAGGAGACGGCAUCCACUGCGAGACGAGCCUCUCAGCCGGCCGGCAUGGCCACGACGGCCGAGCUCUUCGAGGAGCCUUUUGUGGCAGAUGAGUAUAUUGAACGUCUUGUAUGGAGAACUCCAGGAGGAGGCUCCAGAGGGGGACCUGAAGCUUUUGAUCCUAAAAGAUUAUUAGAAGAAUUUGUAAAUCAUAUUCAGGAACUCCAGAUAAUGGAUGAAAGGAUUCAAAGGAAAGUAGAGAAACUAGAGCAACAGUGUCAGAAAGAAGCUAAAGAAUUUGCCAAGAAGGUACAAGAGCUCCAGAAAAGCAAUCAGGUUGCCUUCCAACAUUUCCAAGAACUAGAUGAGCACAUCAGCUAUGUAGCAACCAAGGUCUGUCACCUUGGAGACCAGUUAGAGGGGGUAAACACACCCAGGCAACGGGCAGUAGAAGCUCAGAAACUGAUGAAAUACUUUAAUGAGUUUCUAGAUGGAGAAUUGAAAUCUGAUGUUUUUACAAAUUCUGAAAAGAUAAAGGAGGCAGCAGACAUCAUUCAGAAGUUGCACCUAAUCGCCCAGGAGUUACCUUUUGAUAGAUUUUCAGAAGUUAAAUCCAAAAUUGCAAGUAAAUACCAUGAUUUAGAAUGCCAGCUGAUCCAGGAGUUUACCAGUGCUCAAAGAAGGGGUGAAAUCUCCAGAAUGAGAGAAGUAGCAGCUGUUUUACUUCAUUUUAAGGGUUAUUCCCAUUGUGUUGAUGUUUAUAUAAAGCAGUGCCAGGAGGGUGCUUACUUGAGAAAUGAUAUAUUUGAAGAUGCAGCAAUACUGUGUCAACGGGUGAACAAACAAGUUGGCGAUAUCUUUAGUAAUCCAGAAACUGUAUUGGCUAAACUUAUUCAAAAUGUAUUUGAAAUCAAAUUACAGAGCUUUGUGAAAGACCAGUUAGAAGAAUGUAGGAAGUCUGAUGCAGAGCAGUACCUCAAAAAUCUCUAUGAUUUAUAUACAAGAACCACAAAUCUUUCCAGCAAGUUGAUGGAGUUUAACUUAGGUACUGAUAAACAGACUUUCUUGUCUAAGCUUAUCAAGUCCAUUUUCAUUUCCUAUUUGGAGAAUUAUAUUGAAGUAGAGACUGGAUAUUUGAAAAGCAGAAGUGCUAUGAUCCUACAGCGCUAUUAUGAUUCAAAAAACCAUCAAAAGAGAUCCAUUGGCACAGGAGGUAUUCAAGAUUUGAAAGAGAGAAUUAGACAACGUACCAACUUACCACUGGGGCCAAGUAUCGAUACUCAUGGGGAGACUUUCCUAUCUCAAGAAGUGGUGGUUAAUCUUUUACAAGAAACCAAACAAGCCUUUGAAAGAUGUCAUAGGCUGUCUGAUCCUUCUGAUUUACCAAGGAAUGCCUUUAGAAUUUUUACUAUUCUUGUGGAAUUUUUAUGUAUUGAGCAUAUUGAUUAUGCCCUGGAAACAGGACUUGCUGGAAUCCCUUCUUCGGAUUCUAAGAAUGCAAAUCUCUAUUUUUUGGAUGUUGUGCACCAGGCCAAUACUAUUUUUCAUCUUUUUGACAAGCAGUUUAAUGAUCACCUUAUGCCACUAAUAAGCUCUUCUCCUAAGUUAUCUGAAUGCCUUCAGAAGAAAAAAGAAAUAAUUGAACAAAUGGAGAUGAAAUUGGAUACUGGCAUUGAUAGGACAUUAAAUUGUAUGAUUGGACAGAUGAAGCAUAUCUUGGCUGCAGAACAAAAGAAAACAGAUUUUAAGCCAGAAGAUGAAAACAAUGUUUUGAUUCAGUAUACUAAUGCCUGUGUUAAAGUCUGUGCUUAUGUAAGAAAACAAGUGGAGAAGAUUAAAAAUUCCAUGGAUGGGAAGAAUGUGGAUACAGUUUUGAUGGAACUUGGAGUACGUUUUCAUCGACUUAUUUAUGAGCAUCUUCAACAAUAUUCCUAUAGUUGUAUGGGUGGCAUGUUAGCAAUUUGUGAUGUAGCUGAAUAUAGGAAGUGUGCCAAAGACUUCAAGAUUCCACUGGUAUUACAGCUUUUUGAUACUCUGCAUGCACUUUGCAAUCUUCUGGUAGUUGCCCCAGAUAAUUUAAAGCAAGUCUGCUCAGGAGAACAACUUGCUAACCUGGACAAGAACAUUCUUCACUCCUUCGUACAACUUCGUGCUGACUAUAGAUCUGCCCGCCUUGCUCGACAUUUCAGCUGAGGUUGAAUUUACAAGGGAAAUGUGUUGUACUUCAGCAGGUCUUGGUUGACAGAAAGCACAGGAGGUUUCUUAUGACACAGCCAACAUUUUAUGGAAAAAUGACUGUUUGGAAAAACAGCAGCCAUAUUUUCCCUUGAGAUUUUAUUUGAAAUUUGGGCUCUGCUUAACCAUAUUUUGCUUUUUUCCCUUAAGUUGAACUUAAUUCCAUUUUUGAACUUAGAAAUUUCAAAUUCUGUGAAACUACAUGUCAUUGUUUUCAUCCUAGAAAAUGUUGGUGUCAGAAGGCAGAUGAGAUGUUAACAGUGUUCCAGUUCAUGUUCUUUAACAUAUUCCAUUGGGAGAUUCCACCAUCCUGUUUUGCACUAAUAAUGGGUAAAAUACAGCAGAACUGCAUUUAUUUAUCAAUUUUUAAUGAAUUUUUCAGCACUGGUAAUUGUUAAUCGAGUUAUUUUAGGUUUUCCUGGAGAACAUUUUUCUCUUUCAAAAGGUUAACAUUUGAGCAUAAAUUCUAUAGUUGGUUGAUUGGAUUUUUUCUGAAGUACAGAAAAAAUAUUAUAUUUAAUACUAUUCCAAGGAAAAUGUUGCAAACAAAACUAAAAUGAUGAAGUGUUUUAGGUAGGUAUUAGCACUGGAUCAGAAUACAUCUGCUUUCUGGGUUAAAAAAACUUAAAGUUUACAAUUUCUUAUUUGGUAAACAGAUUUUAAGCCAAUGCUAGUAAGAAAUUAAUAAAACUACCUUAUUUUGUAUUUCACUUAAGAUAAGCUGGAAGAUCUUAACUAAAGAACCAUAAGGAAAGUAAAAAGUGAGGUAUAGUCUUAAUGGUACAUAUGGGAAGUAUUGACCAUGUUUAGCAGCAGUGUAAUCCUUUAAGAUUUCUGUCUUUAUGCUAAACUGGAAUAAGAGUGAAUGGCUAAACAUGCAGGUAGUCUUCUAUUUUAAGAGGAGUUGGGAAUUGAUAGCAUUAUAUAUUCUGAGUCUUGAGAUGAGCUUUGCAAGGACUAGUUGCUUUUUAAAUCUGUAGUUUCUGUCAUUACCUUUUUCAAGGCAUUUCUUAAAGUGAUUCCUACUGAAUGUAGUUAAUUGAAUUGGCUUAAUAUGGUGACAUAAUAAAUCACUUAUAAAAUUUUAAACAUCAAGUGGAAAUUUAGAAAGGCCUUUACUCUGAAAACUAUAAACUUGCUGUGUGAGAAUGCGUUCUUAGCUAUAUGUGGUAUUUAAGUUUCCGUUGUGUUGUCCAUAGUCUUCCAGGAACAGAUAAACUUUAAUGUUCAACUCAUUCUUGGCUUUUUUUUUCUUGAAUGUAGACUUUCUGGCCUAAUUUUGGAAAAUUACUUUUAAGAAUAUGUUUCUGAAUAUUCAUCAACUUUACCAAAAUUUCCAGGUCCAAAGCAAAUUAGCUACCGUUUAAGUUACUGUUGACUGAAUUUUCUUCAUUUUCUGUUUAGCCCAGUGUUAUCAAGGUAAGCAAGAGAAAUGAAAUAUGCCAACUUUUAUCAAAGCAUUUUAGGAAAUCAUGGCAGCUUUAGAAGGCUGUCUAGUUUUCUAUUCCUUAGCCGAAGGAGAGCCAGAACAGGCUUUGGAUACUAGAGAAAGUCAUAGGCUUGUACUUUUGCCAUUUUAGAAAGCUCUGAUGUGAAUUCAAAUUAUACCUCUGUUACUUAAAAGCCAACAAUUUUAAAGCAGUAGUUCUACUGGCCAUUUGAACUCUUUGUACACACUGUCAAUUUGUUUAAAAAAAAGGGGAAAAAUGAUCAAAUAAAACAUAAAACAUUUUAAAGACUUCCAAAUCAGAGAAGUGCUUCAGAUUAUUUUGUUUGGAUUCAUUUUUAAGAUGUAAAGCAUAUAUUUGUGGCUUCGAUAUUUUGUUUAUUAUUUUCGUGUUUGAGUUCUGUGCAAUAUUUUCUAUUAUGUCCAUUGAUAGGACAGUAACAAAGAAAACUCAUAAGUGAAAACUUAAUUUAGAAGUGUUAACAUUAAAGCUCAAUAAACAAAUUCCCUGCAAUUGUUUUUUUUUAUUUCACUCUAUUUUUAGAUAUUAAGGACAUCCAUACCGAAUGUUAUAAAUUAUUAUUUAAACUUUUAAGAUGUUUGUUAUUUUUCAUAGCAUAGGUAGGUCUUCUCACUUCCUUUUUUUAAGUGGAAAAAAUACUUGAUUAUGUAACCCAAAUUAGAAACAGAUUUUCUUUAUCUAAGAAAAAAAAUUGUCGUCUAAAUCAAUAUGCAUUCUUUGCAUUCAGUUUUUAAGUAUUUUUUCAUAUUAAUGGACACUAAAACUUUUGUCCAAAAUAUAUUGCUCAAAAGAGAUGAUCAGUAAUUAAAAUGUUUUUAAUAUGCACAUGGUAAAAAUUUUAGAUGGCAAUAAUGGAACUUGGUAUAUUAGUAAGUUUAGCCAACAUUUGAAUAAGGAGAAUCUUUAUAAUAUUCCAUGCUUUUAUAUGAGCUAACAUGCAAUGUUGAGAUAAUGUUUUGAAGUUGAAAAAUAUGCUCUAAAACACCAUGUUUUUAGAAAAUGUAGAAACACUGAAGAAAAGGAUUGAGUGUAUUAUAUUUUCAUAAGAUAGUACCGAAAGUGAAAUACAGAACACAGAUUUAGAAGGAAGUCUAGCUUCUCUAAGUUGUGAUACUGAAAAUGACAGCUAACAAAAGCAGAUGAACACUUAGGAAGAAUUAUUAAAUAAUGACUGGAUGCAUCUUUUAAACAGUUGACUACCUGACUAUUCCAAGACAGUCAGCAGCCUCAUUUUGAUAUCACCAUGGUUGUAAGUCCCUAGCACCUUUCUUGUUUUAAAAAGAGCUUCUAAGUAAGUUAAUUUAUGAUACAUUAUAAACCGUUCACUUUCCCCUUUCACUUUAAGUAUUGCACUAUCUGAGUAUCAACCUUCUGUCUCACAGUAAAAUAGUUAAUUAUCAGCCAGUAGAUUGAUUCACAGUAGGGAAUUUACUGCUUCCUUAAAAUACCUUUUCCUCAUCUAUGAUGGCGAAUAUUUAAAUAUAUGUAGAUAAGGAGAUUUUUGUUCCUGAAAUGGCACAAAACCCCUUAAGGUAGUCCUGUGUUUAAAGAAGUGCCUCAGAUGUGCUUGAACUGCAUGUAAGAUUAAGCAAGUUUCAUUGAGUGCAUCUGGGAUUUAACUUUUUUUUUAAUGCAAAAAACUUUUAAGUUUUACACAUAUGUAUUACCCAUAAACUCAGAGUUGUGAGAUGUUUUCAAGAAGCAUAGUGAUUUCUCCUGAUUUCUAGUGAAGAAUUUGACAUACAAAGUAUUCUGUGUUUUCAUCCAGUUAGUUUAUUAACUAUGUUCAUUCAGUUCCCAUAGAACUUCUCUCUGCUUGAGAAAGUCGGUCCUGAAAUACACUGGGUAUUUUGGCGGAAAGGACCAGUCCAUGUUUUUACUGUAGAUAAUACCACAUAAAGUAAAACAGCAUUUAAAAUUUUUUUCAUGCAUAAUAAAGAUAAUUAUAGCUACAUUUAUUAAGUCCCAUGCACUGUGCUAAUAGGCCUUUGCCUACAUUAUCUCAUUUGAUUUCAGAGUCACCCUAGGAGUAGGAUACUAUUAUUUAUCUUCAUUUGACAGCUGGAACACCCAGUGCAAAAAAAGCUUUAAGUAGAUCUGCAUAAGAUCUAUAGCUAAAUAAAAGGCUCAGAUUGAAACCUGAAUCUUUCUCACUCACUCCCUAUGUUCUGUACACUAUUCUCCUUAUGUAACAUUAAGUAAGUCUUUAGUUUUUAGGCUCAUUAGUUUUUCUUAAUCUAAUUAUCUUUUCAUCCAGUGUUUGGUUCUCAUUGUAGUGUUUUGAUUAUGAAGUUGAUAUACAGGGCUAAUAUCUAAUUUACUAUUGGAAAUUUUUUUUAAUGUGUCCAGUGUGGUCAUAAUUUUUAAAUUGGUUUUUAAAUUUUUAUAAAUGGUCAUGAAAUUUUAAUUAUUAAGUUUGUACCUACUAGAAAUCUUUCCAUCAGAAAGCACUUUAAUGAUUAUUGUUUUGCAUAAUCAUAAUACUAUUUCUGAGUAAUAAUUUUUGCAACAGAAAAUUCAGGUAUUUUGUAUCAUAUUUUGUAACAUGGAAGUGAAUGACAACUCUACCUUGAAAGUUGGUAGAGCUGAGGAAAUCAAUAUUUUUUCUUUGAAAAGCAGACCAUUUUCAUGUCAUAAGUUUGCCAAUUCAGUUGAUUAUUUAGUGCAUUGGUAGUUGGUAAAUGGUUGAUGCUGGAGUAAAAAGCAGAAAAAUAUGCUCAGUGUAUUAGCAAUAUAUAGUGAUUUUUCAAGUCAUCAAAAAUUGCAUAUUUAAUCUUUUAAAAAUUUCCUUAACUCUUUAACUUUUCUUCCUGCCACUGAUCAGUCUUUCUUUUUCCAAAUUUAGGGGAGAAGCAGCCCUCAAGUGUAUAUAGGAGAGAAACUUGACACAUUAGAGAGUAAGAAUUUUAAUUGGUGAUUUGGAGCAGCUAGGUUGAUAACUCUGGGCUUAACAAGAUUGAUAUUUUUAAACUAGGCCCUGCGUACUUUAACAUUGUUAUCUGGGAGGUAACACUAAACUUCAUUUCUUGGGAUGAGUAAACACUUUGGGGGGAGAGACAAGUAAUUAACCAUACUUGCUCAUUUUCUAAGUGGUUUAGAAGAUGCGGUCUGCCUCACCAUACAAAGCCAAUUUAAAUAUGAAUAUAUCACCAUCAUACUCCAAACAGCAAACAACCUCAGAGGAAAGUCAUUUAUUCAGAAGGCACAGAAUUGCGCUAGACAGCAGUGGUGCAUUACAAAUAUAUAAUUAUUUGCACUAAUAUUUGAGCAGGUGGAAUGGAUUAGAACAUGGUCAACAUUAUGCUGCUGAUAACAUGUAUUUUUCUAUAUUAAUAUGUACUGUGCAACAUGUAUUAAAAUUGUCAAUAAUUCAUUUUAGCCAGAUACUAAUAUUUAUAUUACUGUGUUGAAGAGACAGUAUCCAACUGAGCCACUUUCAAUUUAAAAGUCUGAAACUAGAAUUAAGUUUACUUUCAAAAACCACUUAAAUUACUUUAUAAUCAUUGGAAGAUCAGUAAUAUAUAGAAUUAUCAGUGACUAGUGACUUAAUAGGAAGAAGUAUGGAGGGUUAAGAAUAGGGGUAAGAAUCUGGAAUGAGUAAAGUUUCAUUUUUAGCUCAGAUGAGUUACUUCCUUUUGUUUUCAAGACUGUUUGGCAAUCUUAAAUGAAGGAAAAUGUCUUUCUUCCAGAAUGUCUUCAUAUUAAUAAACUAAGUCUGAAGAUUGGAUGGAACCAACUCCAAGGAAUUAACCUCCAAUGGUGGACUUUCAGAUUUUUUAGAUUAAACUUUGAGAGGUAGGAAGCCUUCUUGAUGUCCCUAAAAUCUUAAAUAGGCAGGUGCCUUGGAAUAGGGCCAUUCCUUUUUACCUGUUAUUUUAAUCUUUAUACUGUGAGUAAAUUUGGUUUCUUUGAUACUGUGAGUAAAUUUGGUUUCUUUGAACUCUGGCAUUUUGUUGUGGCAGUCUGUCAAACCUACAGCUUUUUGCAGAGGAUAUUAUCCAAAUAGAAUCUGGGCAAUGCCAAACUAAAGAAAACUAAAAUUACCUCUCGGUAUAUUGUUUGCAAGUGCUGUGUGCUCUUCACAUGAAAUUAUGUGAAAAUACUUUAUAAGUAAGUGCCUCUAUAUUAGGAUUUUUCAGUAGAAUGUAUUUUUAAUUUUUGCCACAAGGGGGAGAAGUUAUUUUUAUGGUAAUACUUUUUUAUUUGAUAAAAAAUAGAACUCACAUAGCUUCUCUCUACUGAACAGCACCUAUGAACAUGCCACUAUCUUAAUAGGAAGAGAGAGAGAGAGUGUGUGUGUGUGUGUGUGUGUGUGUGUGUGUUUAAGAUUCUUAAAGUUGUGUGAGAAGAAUUUCUGGGUGAAUUAAUGACAAAACUAAAACGGUUUUGAAGACCAUGUAUAUGCACAGUGGACAUAGGAAUUGGACAGAAUUCAUCAUUAUUAAAAUUGUUUUUUUGGAGUUAAUAUAUCUCAUUGAAUUCCUUUAUCAACUCUGAGAAUAAUAAAAAUCUAUUGAUUAA